CUGGCGCUGUGGAGAUCGGAGGAGAAAAUCAUUGAAGCGGACGCGCAGCGGAGGCUAGUGAGGUCUCUGAACGGGAAAUUCAUGCCAUCGCCGUAUAGGCUACUCAACGGCCCGUUUAUUUCACUGUGGACACGAAACAAUUAAUCAGAUCAUAGAAAACGCGACCAGCUGAUUACAAGGCGGAGUAACGCACACUUCAUGGCCUUGCAGUGAAUGUCAUAAAAGAGGGAUUUUUUAAGCACCGGCACGCUCCACAGCCACAGCCAUGGAGAUUGUCACACAUUUAAUAAAUGACACCAUAGAGUUCUACAAAUGGACCCUAACUAUUGCAGACAAGCGAGUGGAGAAAUGGCCUCUGAUGGACAACCCCCUGCCCACACUGGCCAUCAGCACCUCCUACCUGCUCUUCCUCUGGCUGGGGCCCAAAUACAUGAAGAACAGAGAGCCCUUCCAGCUCCGCAAAACCCUCAUUGUCUACAACUUCAGCAUGGUCUUCCUCAACUUCUUCAUCUUUAAAGAGCUGUUUAUGGCAGCACGGGCCGCAAGCUACAGUUACAUUUGUCAACCGGUGGACUAUUCGGACGACCCCAAUGAAGUCAGGGUGGCGGGAGCUCUGUGGUGGUAUUUCAUCUCUAAAGGCAUCGAGUACCUGGACACAGUGUUUUUUAUCCUGAGGAAAAAAUUCAACCAGGUUACCUUCCUGCAUGUCUACCACCACUGCACCAUGUUCACGCUCUGGUGGAUCGGCAUCAAAUGGGUGGCAGGAGGACAGUCAUUCUUUGGUGCACACAUGAAUGCAAUGAUCCAUGUCUUGAUGUAUCUGUAUUAUGGCCUGGCCUCCUGCGGACCUAAGAUCCAAAAGUAUCUGUGGUGGAAGAAGUAUCUGACCAUCAUCCAGAUGAUUCAGUUCCACGUCACCAUCGGCCACACGGCCCUGUCCCUCUACGUCAACUGCGACUUCCCUCACUGGAUGCACUACUCCCUCAUCUGCUACGCCAUCACCUUCAUCAUCCUCUUCGGCAACUUCUACUACCAGACCUACCGCCGGCAGCAGCCCAGACGCGACGCCUCCUCCUCCUCCAAAGCAGGCAAGGCCCUCUCUAACGGGACCCUCAAUGGGCUCAGCAAGGCAGCCAAUGGAGCAGUGGCGAUGGGGAGCAAAGAGGAGAAGCCCCAGGAGAACUCUGGGAGGAGAAAGAGGAAAGGAAGAGCUAAAAGAGAUUAGAGGAAGCGGAGUGAGAGAGGUUGAGGUGAGAUAGGGCCUUGCUUUGGGUUCUCAGUUGCUAGUGCUAAAACAUGAAAGACUUAAUUUGAGGACAAUAUAGAUGAAUGGAUAUGUUAAGGUGUGAUGUGUUUAUUUAAGCCAUGAUCUGAGUGUUGUAGAUACAAUCUGAGACAGGCCUGUGUUGAGAGAGGAUCGUUGUGUUAGUGAGAGGUGUCAAAGGUCGCACCUAAGCUGACCGUUAUCACAAAUAACCCAAAAUACAGUAGUGUCUGGUACGGGAUAGAACUUAGUAUUCCUUCUCUUUAAUGUGGUGCCGAGUACUGAAGACAUGGCUCAAAAAGAGCGACUUCCAGCGACUAAAAAGCAAGCCUGAAAAGGAAACAUCAAACACAGAGUUUAGCAGGCCCAUAUGACAUGCUGGGAAUGCCACACUAAAUGCUCCUCAGCUGCUUGAAAAAGAUUAUGUACCAUCAUUAUUAGAGAUCACUGCUGUACUGAGACAGGAAUACACAUCAUAACACAUGCACAAACAUGUCAGUUUAUAUUUGAGCUCAUUAUUUUUCGUUGUCCACUUUUACUGAUAUAAAACAGAUGAUAAUGUACAGUAUCAUGUCAUAUUUGUCCGCAUCUCCUUCAAGCUAUUAUUGAUGUUACAUAAAAGAGAUUUAAGUUUACAGUACAUGUCUACUGACACCUCUGCAGUUAUCCACUUAUUUUUGAACAUUUUUUCUUCUUAUUUAUUCAGAGUCAAGGACUCUCACUUUUGAGCUGUCAUCCAUUAGCGCACAGUUACAUUCUAAAGAAGGAAAAUAAAUCGGUGUCCAGAGAUAAGAUGUACAUAGAAAAAGAAAAAAUAGAUUUCUAACCCUUUGAGGCCGGGAUGAGGUUGUUUCAUCGCUGUUUAAAAAUGGAAUAAUCAUCAACUGUUGCUCACAGUAGGUUAAGAUUUAGAUUUUCUAUUUCUGUAUGCAAGCAUAACCCCUUUUAUAUAUCCCUACUUGUAUGUAAUGUGAUGAAAUAUAAUGAAUACUAUCCAGAGAAAUGAUGAAUCUGAUGAUUAUCUCAAUGUCUCCCACUUUUGACAGAGAAGCUGGUGGAGUUUUGUCUUUGCAGAUGUUUACCUGUCUUUUUAUAUCCUCUCUGAUGUCGUUGUUUGUCUUACUCGCUGGUGAAAAUGUUGUGUGCCGAACAAAGAAGCGGUGUGUGGGAAUCUGGGUUCCCUUUGUAUUUGCGGAGAAUUCAGAACAAGCUUAUAGCCAGUUUUGAUUAUAAGUUAACAAAACCUAUUUUCUUCCAAUAUUCAAUCAAAUAUCUUUUUUGUGUCUAAGUUUUCUGGCUCAAUCCAUUUCCUGAGCUGGCUUGAAUGUAAAUUUAUCAGGGGAAAAAUUUGCAUUGAAAAAGAUUAGAGAUGGUUAUGAAUUCUUUACAAAACGAGCUGGUGAACCUCUAUAGUGACUGUGUAUGUUAUACCACUAUGAAGAAUAACUUUGCUCUGCCUGUAGUAUAUAGAGUAUAAAUCAAUGGUCGGCUCUAUAUCAGCAAAUCCAGCUUUAUGUCAUCCAUCAACCAAUGCAUUUUGAUGUUAUUUAUUGGUUUGUUCUAUUUAUUUUAUGUAAAUACCAGUUUCCAUCUAGCUGAGAGUGCUCGUCUGUGUAUUUGUGUUCUUUUUGUGUUGUACAUAUUACAUUGUGAUAUUUUGUACAAUGCGCAUUUGGGAAUGUUCCCAGCUUGUUAGCUUGGACAUUUUUACGCCCACAUUGCUUCUGUGUGUGAGUUUUUUUUUUUAAGUAUCAUAACUUCGAACUCUCUUCAAAUUAAAUUAAACUGUAUGCCUGUUCAAAUGUUGGCUGCCUUUUUCACUUGAUUUAACUUCAUACUUCAUACUGUAAUA